AUGGCGACGAUGAGUAACAAAGAGCUCGACGCCAAGCUGCGCGCACUGAAGGAAAAGUUGCAAGUAGAGGAAAGCGAUUGGAUCGAACAGGGCCGAAAACUUUAUGAGCUUGAGGAUAAAUUUUUGCGUGACACGUUAUUGGAGGGCAAUAUUCUUACAGGCUGGGGUGAGCCGCGGACAGCACCAGUGAGGAUACGUAAUGCCGGUGUGCGCAAGCGCAAACGCGAGCGACAAGAGGCAGCAGCUGAGAGGGUUGGAAAGUUAGUCGAUCAGUCGACGUCGGCUUUAACAGCAGAGGAGCAGCUUAAAGUCGAUCGUCACCGUCUGGCAUCCUAUUCGUCCAUCUAUUCACCAGCAGAAGCGCUACACGCGAUAAUGGAGGACCGCGAAAGAACGCAAGUGGGCAAUAAAAACAAGAAAAAAACGUUGUCUUAG